AUGACGAGAUUGACUUUUAUAUUGGCAGUAUCGUCCGCCAUCAGCUAUGCCUCUGCUCAAUCGCCAGCAUAUGGCCAAUGCGGAGGUCAAGGCUGGUCGGGCGCCACUACCUGCGUCUCUGGAUGGACGUGCACAUACUCCAACCCAUACUACUCGCAAUGCCUUCCAGGAGCUGCAUCUAGUGCACCAAGCACGACUGCCCCAUCGUCAACUGGAGGCGGAGGUUCACCACCAUCCUCGACAUCAACUGCCACAGGAGGAUCUGCUACACUUCAGGCUGGCUACUCGUUCAUCCGAGCUGUUGAAGACCCCAACUUCCACAAAUACUUGCAAUCUGAGAUACUAAACACGGCAUCUGAUGCCGUUCUCGGAGACCCAAGCACAGCUGCUCAGUUCCAAAUUACGAAUGGGCAAUUAAUCCAGAAUGCAAACGGAACACCGCUCUACGCUAUUGUCGAGCCUCGGGCAAACUCAACGGUCAACAAACUUAAGGUAUCGUGGUCAAAAACGCCUGCCACCAGUGGCACCUUUGUCUUCAGUGGAGAUACUGUCGAGUGGAGUACCCCUGACAUUACCAGGCCACAAGACAACGCAUGGCUGGUAUGCCCCGACGCCGCGGGCAACAAACUCCUCUAUGUUAACCUCGGCGCUUAUGACUACAUGACCCCAGCUGGGUGCGCAGAUGAAACAAUUCAUGCAUACACCGGAGCUACUGCUACGGCUUAG